AUGGCGACUUCUCUGUCUACCACACUUUCGACCAAUAAUCUCUACUCCAACGGGAUCACCAACCCGACUUCGACAGUACAUCUGCUUCCUGGCCUAUCACCCAAUCGCACUCUCAUAAUUUCUACGAUUCCCAAACACCUCAAGUAUACAACCAGUUUCUCACCACGGCAAACCCUCGUCUUGACUUUUGCAAUAUUGGGUUCUCCUGAUACCGCAAGUGUGCUAGACAUGGUGAAAGUGUUCGAUUUGAGUGGAAACGCGAUUCCGAUUUCUGAUUGGUGGACAGAUAGGAAAGUUGUCAUGGCAUUUAAUCGCCAUUUCGGGUGUGUCUUUUGUUGCAAACGAGCUGAUAAUCUUGCCGCCAAGAAGGAUAUAAUGGAUGAAUCAAGUAUGGCUUUGGUUGUAAUUGGACCUGGUAGUAUUGAGCAAGAGCAUUUUGAGAAAACAAAAUUGAAAGGAGUUUAUGCUGACCCGACCCACUCGUGGUAUGAGGCUUUACAAUUUGUCUUAGGAGUUUCAACUACAUUCACUCCUAAAGCAGGUCUCAAGAUAAUACAGUUAUACAUGGAUGGUGAACAAGUUUGGAAGCUUUCAUUUGAAAAGGACACAGUGACUAGAGGUGGUUGGCAGCAAGGUGGAAUUAUAUUUGUAGGUUUUGGAAAAACUAACAUCUCGUUCGUUCGAAAGGGAAAAGAAGCAGGGGAUGAUCCUAAUAUCAAAGAUAUUUUGAAAGCCUGUUGUUCAUGA